AUGUGCCCCCCGUCACCUACAUCAUUCCAUGGCUUGUUUGCUCGGUGGGGGUCAGAUUCAUCUGUGGUGCCAGCGCCAAGCCUGCCUGUACGCCUUCACAGAGAGUUGCCUGAAGACUACCAAGGCCAGACUGCCACCACCCAAAAGGGUGACACGAGCAACGAUUCUAGGGUUAAGCAUACAAGGCUGGCAGGCAACCACGGGGAUAAAGCCGUAUUCAUGCAGCCAAGAUGGAUAUAUGUGCAUGAGGACCACGGCUGGAACGCCGAUUGGGCUCAAAAGCAGGGCAGCCAAGCCGGUAAGGAGCUCUGCCAAGAUAUUAAAAAUAACGCCCAUGAUCAAACCAGCAAACAGCCUAUCAACAGUACCAAAGCCCUCAUUCGUGGCCCUUGUCGCGGGCUUGGUAGCAAACUGGGAAAUUGUUUGCUCGGCUUCCGUAACAAGAAACCAGCCGGUGGCUGGACCGGAUGCGAAGUGAGGGAGGAAGGCAAGCAUGGGGGGAUGGCGAGGAAACAACGAAUAAAAUAA